CGACGCCCAAGAUGGCGGCAGGAUUGAAAAGUUGUGGGUGCCGCUGAGGCGGCUCUGGGCGGGCUGCGGCCGGGAGCGGGAGCGGAGCCCCCAGCGGGCCGCGGCCGCCGCCGCGCGCUGAGGCCGGGCGCGCACGGCUGCUGCGGGGAUGCCCCGGGGGGGGCCGGGGCCGCCGCCGCCUGAGACAUGGAGGAGGAGGGCAAGAAAGGCAAGAAGCAGCCUGGAAUAGUGUCCCCUUUCAAGCGAGUCUUCCUGAAGGGUGAGAAAGGUCGGGAUAAGAAGGCCCAGGAGAAGGUUACGGAAAGACGACCUCUUCAUACCGUCGUGGUGUCCUUGCCGGACCGCGUUGAACCAGACGUGCUGUUGAACGACUACAUUGAAAAGGAAGUGAAGUAUUUAGGCCAACUAACGUCCAUCCCAGGGUACCUGAAUCCCUCCAGCCGCACUGAAAUACUGCAUCUGAUAGAUAAUGCAAAGAGAGCACAUCAACUCCCAGGGCAGCUGACUCAAGAACAUGACGCUGUGAUCAGUCUGUCUGCCUAUAACAUCAAGCUGGUGUGGAGGGAUGGAGAAGACCUCAUCCUCAGGGUCCCCAUCCAUGACAUCGCAUCCGUUUCCUACAUCAGAGAUGACUCCUCUCACUUGGUAGUGCUGAAAACAGCUCAGGACCCUGGGAUCUCCCCAAGCCAGAGUCUUUGUGCCGAAAGCUCCAAAGCACUCACUUCGGGCUCGCUGUCUGAGAGUGGGGUAGUACCAGUCGAAGCUUGUUGCUUGGUGGUCCUGGCUACGGAGAACAAAGUGACUGCAGAGGAGCUGUGCUCACUUCUCAGCCAAGUCUUCCAGAUUGUUUACACUGAGUCCACCAUAGACUUCUUAGAUAGAGCAAUAUUUGAUGGGGCCUCCACGCCGACACGGCACAUGUCCUUACACAGCGAUGACUCUUCUACAAAAGUGGAUGUUAAAGAACCUUACGAAACAGAAGAGAGCGGUUUUUCCUUUCCAGAAACCUUGGAUGUAGGUGACAACUCCCCCUCUUCUUUCUCGACACAACAAUCUCCUCACAUUAAAACAGUCAGUGAGAGUGAGCUCAGCACCACAGCGACAGAGCUGCUCCAGGACUACAUGAUGACGCUACGAACGAAACUCUCUUCCCAAGAGAUCCAGCAGUUUGCAAUGCUCUUACAUGAGUAUCGCAAUGGGGCUUCGAUACAUGAGUUCUGCAUCAACUUGAAGCAGCUCUAUGGGGACAGUAGGAAGUUCCUGCUCUUAGGCCUCAGACCGUUCAUCCCCGAGAAGGACAGUCAACACUUCGAGAACUUCCUCGAAACCAUCGGGGUGAAAGACGGCCGCGGCAUCAUCACAGACAGUUUCGGGAGGUACAGGCGGACUCUGAGCACCACCUCCAACUCAACGACCAACGGAAACGGAGCUGCCGGGAGCUCGGAUGACCAGUCCGUGCCCUCAGAAGAAGAUGAGUGGGACCGAAUGAUCUCUCACAUCAGCAACGAUAUCGAAGCCCUCGGGUGCAGCAUGGACCGCGAUUCCUCUUGAGAGCGAGCAGGGGGAGGAAGGAUGAGGCGGCUCGGUCCAGCUCCCUUCCGCCCUCUCGCAAAGAGACUGCGGCGGCGGUUUUGCGCCCGUCUUCCUGACCUUCGUUCUGGAAGAGGUUCUCGAGGUGGAGCAGGAUGUAAUUACUCGCCCAUCCUUGUCAGCGGCCUCGCUGGCCCACGCGUCCGUCGGCGGGCGGCCGGGGCCCUCUCACCGGGAAGGCGCGUGCCGGACAGGAGCCUGGGGCCGGGCGAGGGAGCCGUCCCUCCCGCCGCCUGCCCUGGUGCGGGCUUGCCACCGCCGCCACGGCGGGCUGCAGCGCAGGGGAGCGAGGCUGGCGAGAGCCUCGUGCGGAGGCCUAACACUUAGCUACAACCCGGUUUACAGUUUUGCACAUGAUCCCCCCCGUUGUAACUGCUCUCGUUCUCCUCCUCCUUCCCCUCCCUGCCCCUUUUGGAAUGAAGUUUACCACAAUGUGAAUUUAUUUAAA